AUGCCCCUCGUCGACCAGUUCCUGAGCGACGUCGGCGCCGGGUCACUCUCGACCGCCGUCACCCUCCCUGCGGGGCCUCCAGGCGCCGACGGCCCAGCAGCACAGCUCUUCAACCGCAUCGACGACGAGGUCACUGCCACAAACGACCGCACGCGCACCCUGCUAAAGGACAACUGGGACGACUUUGCGGGUCAGCUCAAGCACGGCGACGAGCUCAUCGCCAAGCUCGACGACGAGGACAAGGAGCUCGAGCAGCUCGAGCUGGAGGUGGACGGCCCGGAUGCCUUUCUUCCUCCCCUCAUCGCCCAACUCGAAGAGCAGCAGUCGCUCGCCGCCUCGCACCUCGCCGCGACCGCCUCCGUCUCGCUCCUCUCGGCCCUCGUCACGUUCCACACGACCACUUCCGCCCUCGCCACUGCCACCACGUCCGGCGAGCUGCCGUCCGCCAUCGAGGCGCUCGCUCGCGUCACGUCGGCCGUCGAGGAGGGCGCCGACGAGUGGAUCGAGCACACGGACGCGUGGAAGGUCCUCGUGCGGUGGGCGAGCGACGAGGAGUCGCGCCUCGAGGCGGCCCUUCAAGGCGCCCUCGAAGGGUGCUUCGAGGUGUCGCCCGCGGCACCAGGCGGCGGCGGCACGGCGACGAUGACGCUGCGCGAGAGCAUCGCCGCGGCGCCGACCGGCCCCGAGCUGCCCGUCGCAAUCCUCCUGCAGGGCCUCGAGGACCUCGCCGGCAUCACGGGUCGGCCGACGCAGACCGAGACGUUCCUCGCGCGCCUCGCCAAGCAGGUCCUGCGCCACUUUGUCGCGCCGUUCCUCGAGUCGCAGGGCCGCGUUAAGGUCGGCUCGCGCGACCAGGACGCUCCCGCCGUCGCGCAAAAGACGCGCUCCGAGUUCCGGUUCCGCGACGACGGCGUCGUCCACGUCGCAGAACUUGUGCCGGUCGACGAGCAGGUCGACGCCGUUCCCGCCCUGUCCGACUUCCUCGCCUUCUUCACCUCGCACUCGUCCCUCUUCCCGAAUCCGGGCUCGAACGACAAGCCGUCGCACCACGCCGCGACGCUCACGGCGCACCUCACGCCGUCGCUCCAGUCGCACGUCAUCUCGUCGCACCUGUCGCCGUCCCUCCCGGCGUCGACCUCGGACCUCCCGCCGUACCUCGCGCUCGUCGACGCCGCCAGCGCCUUCGAGUCGACCUUCCUCCCCUCCCACGGCCUGUUCGCCUUCCUCCCGUCGUCCUUCUCGUCGUCGUCGCGCGAGGUCGAGGAGCAGCGCGUGGUCCGCGCCUGGGCCGCCCGCGUUCCGCAACACUGGGCGCGCCAAGUCGGCGACCGUGCCCUCGCGCGUGUUCGCGGCGCCGUCAAGGCGUGGGACUGGGGCGCGGGCGAGACGGUCGAGGUCGAGGUCGUCGAGGAGGACGAGAUGCUCGGGCUCCUGCUCGGCCUCGGGCUCGCCGACGAGCAGUCGCCGGCGCAAGGCGGCGCCGCGACGGCCGGCCAGCAGGUGCCCAAGGUGCCGAGGGAGCUCGCACUCGCGACUGUGCCGCGAGGGGCGCAGCGCGAGAUGACGAUCGAGGAGGCGCUCGCGCCCAAGGUCCUGCGCGCCAAGACGCCCCCUCCUCCUUCGCCUCCCGUCGUCCCUCCCCCAGCAGCCGCCUCGGCGCCCGUCGACGAGCCCGCCCCGACGCCGCCGCUCGUGCCGGCGGGCAAGGGCUCGUUCAAGCGCGGCAAGCUCGGCGCCGCGCGCAUCGUCGCUCCGCUCCCGCCGCGCAGCCCGAGCCCGCCGCCCCUCUUCCAGGGCGGCGACGCUCCUGCGCGCGAGACCACCUCCGCCACGUCGCGCGAGCCUGCUCCUGAGCCGUCGUCGCCGCCUGCGCCGGCGCCCACGAUCGCGGUCGUCGAGGCGAGCCCGGCACCCGAGCCGCACGUGCUCGACCGCUCGGCCGUCAUCUCGCCGACGCUGUCGCCGCGUGGGCAGCACACGACGUUCGAGCUGCUCGAGGAGCCGGCGUCAACGCUCGACGGGAUCGAGACGACGGCGGACCAUGCCGGCGAGGGCGAGGUCGGCGCCGUGCACUCGUACGCCGCCGCUGUCGAUGACGACGUCGAGGCGUCGCCGGAGCGGGAGCGGGAGCAGGAGCAGGAGCAGGAGCAGGAGCAGGAGCAGGAGCAGGAGCAGGAGCAGGAGCAGGAGCAGGAGCAGGAGCAGGAGCAGGAGCAGGAGCAGGAGCAGGAGCAGGAGCAGGAGCAGGAGCAGGAGCAGGAGCAGGAGCAGGAGCAGGAGCAGGAGCAGGAGCAGGAGCAGGAGCAGGAGCAGGAGCAGGAGCAGGAGCAGGAGCAGGAGCAGGACACGCUGUCGCAGGUCAAGGUGGAGGAGGUCGAGGAGGCGGCCGAGCCGUCCGGCGCUCUCUACCCGCCCGAGCCGUCUCGCGACGACGAGGGCGAGUACGGCGUCGAGCGUCGCGACAUCAAGGAGGAGAGCGUCGAGCCCGAGAUCCCGCCAACGCCGUCGCCCGGCCUCGCCGCUCCGCCGUCGUCGCACUCGCCCAGCCUCGGCCUGAGCUACCACGAGCCGUCGCCGUCGCACCCGGACGUCGAGCCGCUGCCCACGACCGCCAACGACGAUCCCGUGCACGACGAGGAGGCGGGCGCCGCCGCGUUCGACGAGCUCGCCGACGAGGCGCAGCCCCACGCCGUCGACGAGGAGGCAUGGCGCCACGACGAGCCGUCGCACGAUCGCUCGCCGCACGAGCACUCGUCGUACGAGCCGUCUCGUUACGAGCCGUCGCCGUACCCGCCUGCGCCUGCGCACGACGACGCCGAGCAGCCGGCCUACUUCGACCGCUCGGCCGCCCCUCACGACCCUUACGCUCCGCCGCCGCCACUCUCCCACGACGCCUACGCUCCAGCGUCGCCUCCCUCCUCGCACGACCCGUACGCCCCGCAUCCGUUGGGCCUCCUCGAGCCCGACUCGCACGAGGAGAACGGCUACGCCGCGCGUGAGCAGUACGGCCUCGAUCGCGGCGCGGACGUCGUCGACGCCGAGCAAGGUGGAUACGGCGCCGAGUACGCCGAGCACGACCAGUACGCGCCGGUCGAGGCGGCGCAGGACCACGAGCCGCGCUUCGACCAGGACGACGACCCGUACGCGCCCACGAGCGUCGACGUCGAGCAGCCCGUGCCCAGCUCGUACAGCGUCGACGACCAGUACGACGUCGAGCAGGAGCCCGUCGUCGCGCACCAGUCGCACUCGAACGAGCCGGCGUCGUUCCCGUGGUCCACCGACGCCGAGGCGCACGACCCGUACCUCGAGCAGCAGGACCCGUACGCGCCGCAGGCCGACGCCCAACACAACGCGCAGGUCGCCAACGGCGAGCACGACCCGUACGCGCCGUCGUCGGAGCUUGCGCACGAGCCCGUCCAGCCGGCACCCGCCUCGUUCUCGUCGCUCGCCGCGCCGGCUCUCGACGACGAUGACCCGUACGCCGACGAGGCCGAGCACGACUGGUACGCGCAAGAAGAGCACGACUGGUACGCCCAGGAGGACCAGGCCUUCUCGCCGCUCGAGCAGCCGCAGCCGUCGUACCCGGUCGACCCUCAGCAACCCGAGCAGCCGGCCCAGCCCAACGUCGACCACGUCCACGGUCCUCUCGAGCCUGCGCACGACCCGUACGCUCCUGUCGAGCCCGUGCACGACCCGUACGCCGCGAGCGAGUACUCGCACGUCGUCGAUCCCGUCCACGAGCCGCCGCACGACCCUUAUGCGCCGACGCAGGCGCCGCACGACCCGUACACGCCGGCCGACACGCAGGCCGACCGGCACUCGUCGUACGGCUUCGAGAUGCCUCGGCACCAGCACGAGCCGCACGCGCCGCAAGACGCCAACGACGUCUACGAGUCGUCGCAGUACGGCCCGUACGACCCGAAGGAGUCGACGCCAGCUCCGCCGCCGCCGCCUCCUGCUCAGCGCGAGGACGUGGGCCCGGCGACUGGAGCGCCGCCUCCCCCUCCUCCUCGAGCCGCCGGCGCACCUCCUCCGCCACGUGCUUCGGGUCGUCUCGGCGCCAAGCGACGACCCGUCUACACGCCGCAGUACGAUGUCGGGCCAUCAUCGUCGUCGUCGUCGUCGUCGCCGGCACCUGCCGCCCCGGCCGCGCCGCUCUCGACGCCGUUCCAGCAGACGGCGCCACCGCCUCGUACGGUCAUCUCGCCGCCUCCCGAGGAGCAGCAGCACGCCUACGCGCCCAUGGUCCCGCCCAUCCAGCCCUCGGCGCCCGUCGCGCACAAUCCCUACGUGCCCGCCCUCUCGACCCGCUCGUCCAACAACAGCCUCGCCCGCUCCCUUCCCUCUCGCCCAAGCUCGGCGCAGCGCAACGACGGCCCCGUUCUGAACCACAUCCAGCAGCGUUUCGCCUCGCCGCCGCCGCCCACGGCGAGCUCGUACGUCCCGCUCGCGAUCCCGCCCUCGGUCCCGUCGGCCGGUGCGGGUUCGUACUUGCCGGCGAACGACCCGCUCUUCGCCGACCUAUUCGGCAGCGGGUUGAGCAAGUCGACGCGCUCGGGCAACUUCUUCGCGCCCGACCGGCAGCAGCCGGCGCCGAGCUCGUCGCAGCCGACGUACGGCCAGCCGCAGCCGCACGGGUUCGACGCGCAGCCGCCGCAGGCGUACGGCGGGUACGGUGGCGGGUACGGCGCGCCCGCCGAGGACCCGUACGGCGCGUCCUCCUCGUCGCAACAGCAGCAGCAGCAGCAUGGGUCGUACGGGCAGCAGUACAGCCCGUACGGCUACGAGCAGCCGGCGAUGCGCAUGCGCGGCGGCGGUGGCCUCGCCUGCGACUCGGACGAGGAGAGCGAGGAGGACGAGGACGAGGACCGACCGGUCUUGCGCCUGCGAGGCGGCGCCGACCUCGGCGACAUGGACGACGACGACGGCAACCGCAGCGCCGACGACUGGGGCUUUGGUGACGAUGCGGGCGGCGAGGAGGACGCGUGGGGCUUUGACGACGACGCCGCUCCGCCGACGCCGCCGUCGCCGCCUGUGCCCAAGAAGGUCGCCCCGCCGCCCCCCGCACCUCGGCCCCAGCCGCCCACAGCGCUCCGCUCCCCUCCUGCACCUGCCCCUUCCUCCCUCGCCUCGACUACUCGCUCGCCCUCGCACGCCCCGUCCGCCUCGAUCACCUCGGUCGCGUCCUCGAACGGCUCGCUGUCGCGGUCCCGGCCGCCCUCGUACGCCUACACGCCGAGCCUCGCGCCACCGCCGCUCGCAUCCAGCCUUGCCGUCGACGACGAGGACGAGCCGGCCGAGCUCGGCGACAACGCGUGGGGCUUCGGCGAGGACGAGGAGGACGAGGACGUUGCCCCUCCUUCGCCGCCGCCGCCUCAGCAGCCUGCCGGGCCGGCCACGCCCCCUGCCGCGCUCGAAGCACCUGCACCGUCCUCGCCUCCGCUCCCGUCUCCCGUCGCUCCCGCCGAGCCGCCCUCGCUCGCGCCGCCGACGUCCACCCUCGCCCACGACGACGGCGAGCCACUCGUCGGCGCAGGCGGCGGCGACGACGACUGGGGCUUCAGCGCCGGCGAUGACAUCGUCGACGAUGCCGCCGAGCCCGCCGCCGAGGCGCAGGUCGUUGCAGAGCAGCCGCACGACCUGCUCGACUACGAGGAGGCGGUCGAGCGGGCCGAGGUCAUCGAGGACUCGCCGCCGCCGUCCCUCGCCGUCGACGAUGUCGUCGUCGAGCAAGACGCUCCAGCUCAGACCUUUGAGCCGGAGCAGGAGCAGGAGCAGGAGCAGGUCGAGGAGGACGGCUGGGGCAUCGACGAGCCCGCCGUCGUCGACGAGCCGCUCGAGCAAGAGCCUCCGCCGGCGCCCAAGCGCGCACUCGACGACGCUCUCGUCGUCGACGACGCUGCGCCGGUCGGAGCGACCCACGAGCAGGUCGACCAGGCGGCCGAGUCGGUCAAAGACGACGAUUCCGCCGAGGCGGUCGAGGACGACCAGGUGGCGCGUCAAGACGAUCCCGAGGCCGGCGAGCCAAUCGAGAAGGUCGACGAGCCGACGGCCGAGCCUGCAACGGUCGGUCAGCCGGACAAGGGCCGUCGCCGUGUGUCCAUCGACGUCGACAUGACAGAGCCGUCGGCGCUCAACCUUCCGGCCGAGAACAUCGACCAGUCGUUCCCGUCGGCGCCAGCACCGCCUUCGCCCACCUUGCCCCUCAUUCCCGAGCCCAUGCCGCACCACGACACUGUCGAGCCGCUCGCCGAGGCGCCGAGUCGCGAAGCGGCACUCGCCGACGCCGCCGCCGCGCCACUCGACGAUGCAGCACAGCUCUUCGACGGCGCCGACGCGCCCGAGGACGACUGGGGGCUCGGCGCCACCGACGGCGACGCAGCACCUCAAGAGCUCGCAUCGUUCGACACGUUUGGCGGCGACGCGCAGGACGAGGACGCGCAGGACGAGAACCUCCCCGUCUCGUCCGCUCUUCUCGACCCGCAGCCGAUCGACGUCGACGACGACUUUGUCGACUUCAACGCCGUCGUCGAGGCCGAGGAGCAGCCCACCACGCCUCAGUGGGAGCCGUUCGAGGACCCUGGCAACCAGCCGAUCACGAGCCCGCCUCUCGACGCGCAGACCAACACGAGCCACGUCGGCGACGACGAUCUCGACGCGCUCUCGCCCGCGAGCCACGCCGUGCCGCUCCCCGACCUCGAGCGGCUCGUCGGCGAGGAACCUCGGUCGCAGGAGGCCGCCGCAGCUCGUCCCGACCCCGACCUCGCCGCCGCCGCCGCCGUGGACGGCACGCCGCGCGAGGGCUCCAUUUCGUCGCCCGAGGUCAUCGAGCACGCCGACGCGUGGGGCUUUGACGGCGAGCAGGGCCCGCAGAGCGAGCAGGGCGGCGCCGAGCUGCUCGACGCGAGCCCGCCGGCUGCAGAUGCCGCCGGCGACGACGUCGAGCGGUCGCAGGUGCAGCACGAGCUCGAGCGUCCGGCCCCGCAUGACGACUCGGCCGUUCAGCACGAGGCGGAGCGUCCGCUCGUCGUCGACAGCGCCGAGGCCGGGCCCAUCAUCCUCCCGGCGCAGGACGCGCACCCUCAGCAGCGCACGUUCUCGCCGCCGCCGUCGAUGGUGCCUCAAGGCGACGACGCCGUGGACGAGGCGGGCUGGGACUGGCAGGACGACGCCGGCGCCGAGGCGCUCCUUGACCCGCACGUCGCCGUAACGGCCGAGGGCCCGCUCCCGGUUUCGAGCGAGUCGUCCGUCCAGCACGAGGCGGAUCGUCCCGACGUCAACGUCGACGCCGGGGCGCAGGACAAGUCGAACGUCGCGGCGUCGGCGACGCACCCUGAGCCCGUCACCGAGCCGGUCUCGGCGGCGCCGCAGGACGACGCGCUCGUCCCGUCCCAGGACCAGGCCGUCGAGGGCGCCGAGCUCCUCCACGACGAGCCUGCGCUUGACGUCGAGCGAGGCGCAGAGCCGGUCGAGGACGAGUCGGCCGUCCAGCAUGUCGAGGAUCGCCCUGUUCUUCCCGCCGGCUCCAACGCCGAGAGCGACGCUCUACCCGCCGAGACGAUCCAGCCCCAGGACCACACGUUCUCGCCCUCGUCGUCGGCCCUCCCGUCCGCCGUCGACGCCGACGCACCCCGUCACGUCGUUGACGACACGGUCGACGACCCGUGGGACCUCGAGCCCGUCGAGCCCGACACGCCGCCUCAGCCCUCGCCGUCGCUCAAGGCCGCAGACCUCGGCACGGGCGCCGAACCGCUCGACGCCGCUGUGGAUGAGACGACCGCCGCCGCCGCAGCGUCGCCCGAUCCAGUAUCGCCGCGUCCCUCGAGCACCAUCGACACCGCCGCGCACGACGAGCCGCGUCCAGACCCGCUCGAGCGCGAGCUCGCCGACGAGCUCGUCGGUGCGCGUGCAGUCGGGCAUGCGGCGACGGCGGCGCAAGCCGAGCCCGAUCCCGUCGUCGUCGCCGCGGCGGACGAGUCGAGCGUUCAGCACGAGCAGGACCGACCUGUCGUCGUCGACGCCGCCGCAGACGUGGCGGCGAGCGAGUCGCAGCCGCAGGAGCACACGUUCUCGCUGCCGGCGUCGUCGCUGCCCGCCGAGAGCGCGCCUCUCGGUGCGCCCGCCGACCCUGUCGAGCUUGUCGCGCCCUCUCUGCCCGCCUCCCCACCUUCUCCCCCUCAAGCCGACGAGGGCUGGGGCUGGGGCGGUGACGGCGACGGCGACGGCGACGCGUCGCGUUCGGAGCCCGCCGUCGACAUUCCUGCGGCCGUCACGUCGAUCCCGCUCGUCCCGGUCGCACCUCUUCUUGAGCCGGCGCCUGCUUCUCUCCCUCCUUCCGCCACCAACGUCGAGCGCGCCGCACCUCUCGAGUCGUCCUCGUCGCCAUCCACCGCCCUCGAGACGUCGGCUCCCGAGCACGCGCGCACCAUGUCGACCGACGACUGGGCCUGGGACGACGCGCCGCCGACAGCGGUCGCGCCCGAUCCUGUCGCCGUCGAGCAACCGCAGCAGGCGAGCGACGUGCCGCCGGCGCCGGCGCCUCCUCGGCGCGAGCAGAUGAUGGUGUCGAAGCAGUCGCGCGAGGUGGUCGCCAUCGCCGAGGAGAUCCUGCUCGAGGCCGUCAAGAUCGCCUCUCCUUCGUUCGAGCACCCCGACUUUGCGCUGGCGGCAGCUCCCCUCCUGCAGACGUUCAUCUCGCUCCUGUCGCUGUACCGCGCUACGGCCGCCGUCCACAACUCGCGCUUGCUCGCGAGCGUGCCGGCCAUCGGCAUGCAGUUCGCCAACGAUGCCGAGUGGAUCGGGCGCGAGGUCGAGCGCGUGUGGCGCACGGCGACCGACGACAAGGACCUGCCCGUCGCGCCCGAGCAGGCCAAGGACGUGCAGCUCGCGAUUGAGACGACCCGACAGCUCGGUCGGGACACGCGCCAGAAGCAGAUCGCCAUCCAGCGAGCGGCGCUCAUGGAGAGCCUCGACGAGGCCGGCGGCUUCCUGCGCACGUCGGACGAGGCUCGGUACCAGUCGUGCGAGCGAGCCCUGCAGCAGGUCAUGCACAUCCUGCAGCGCCUCGCCCUCGUGUGGAAGCCCGUCAUGACGCCCACAGCGCUGUACACGUCGCUCGGCGGGCUCAUCAACGAGGUCCUCCUGCGCGUGCUCGACGAGAUCGAGGAGCAGACCGACAUCUCCGAGGACGAGUCGAUCCGCCUCAACAAGCUGUGCAAGAUGCUGCACGACCUCGAGUCGUUGUUUGACGGCAGCGAGACCUCUCUCGGCCGCGAAGCGCCCGCGUGGUACAAGUUUGCGUUCCUGAGCGAGCUGCUCGAGGCGUCGAUGGCCGACAUCCUGUUCCUGUUCGACCACGGCCACCUGGUCGACUUUACGCCGCAAGAGAUUGUCCGCCUCGUGCGCGCUCUCUUCGCCGACUCGCCCUUGCGCAACCGCAACAUCGAAAAGAUCCUGCGCGGACACCCGGAGGCGCCGCCGGCGGACGAGGAGUGGGCCGAGUGAGGGAGGGGAGGGUUCUGUUGUAGAUCCGCAUCGGCUUUCAAAAGAGAGCAGCUAUCUGUUCCUCGAC